AUGGGAGCAAAGGUCAAUAAAGUCAAUGAAAUGGGUUUUAUUAUUGCAAAAUUCUGCAUAGAAAAUUUCCACUUAAAAUACUCUUUCCCCUCUACGACAAUCUCCGACUACGACUACGAUGAAUAUGCAGUUAAUUUUUUAAAAUUUUUAACUAUAGCAUACAAUAUAGAUUUAAACGUAUGUGAUGAAGAUGGACAUACACUUAGUUACUUCGCAGCAAAGUAUAAUUCACUUAAAUCUUUAAAAUAUCUUAAAGAACAAGGGGCAGAUCUUAGCAUUUCCAACAAGGAUAAACGUACACUUAUUCAUGAAGCUGCUCGAAAUGGUACAUUCGAAGUCCUACGAUAUUUAGUAGAAGAUUGUAAAAUAGAUGUUAACGUUUCUGAUGUUGAUGGGAAUUUUCCGGUUCAUAUGAUAGAUAUUACAAAUUCUAAUGUUACGAUUUUAAAGUUUCUUAAAGAAAAAGGAGCAAAUAUAAGCAUUUCCAACCGUCAAAAACAUACACUUCUUCAUGAAGCUGCUCGAAAUGGCGCAUUCAAAGUCCUACGAUAUUUAGUAGAAGAUUGUAAAAUGGAUGUUAACGUUUGUGAUCUUGAUGGAAAUUUACCGACUCAUAUGGCAGUAAGGAACAUUGAGAUUUUAAUGUAUCUUAAAGAAAAUAAGGCAAAUCUAGGCAUUUCCAACAAUAAAAAACAUACACUUGUUCAUAAAGCUGCUCGAUUUGGUGAUUUGGAAGUCCUACAAUAUCUAGUAGGAGAUUGUAAAAUGGAUGUUAACGUUUCUGAUGUUAAAGGGAAUUUACCGAUUGAUAUGAUAGAUAUGAGUGAUUAUAAUAUUGCCCUCUUUAAGUAUCUUAUAGAAAAAGGAGCUAAUCUAAGCACUUCCAAAAAUCAAAAAUAUACACUUAUUCAUAAAGCUGCUCGAAUUGGCGCAUUCAAAGUCCUACAAUAUUUAGUAGAAGAUUGUAAAAUGGAUGUUAACGUUUCUGAUGUUGAUGGAAAUUUACCGGUUCAUCUAGCAGCUGAAUUUGGUAGAGUUGAUAUUUUAAUGUAUCUUAAAGAAAAAGGUGCAAAUCUAAGCAUUUCCAAUAAUAAAAAACAUACACUUGUUCAUGCAGCUGCUCAAUCUGGUAAUUUGGAAGUCGUACAAUAUCUAGUAGAAGAUUGUAAAAUGGAUGUUAACGUUUGUGAUAUUCAUGGGAAUCUACCGUCUCAUUGGGCAGCUUUUUGUGAUAAAGUUGGGAUUUUAUGCUACUUUGAAUCAAUUGGAAUUGAUUUAAAUCAAUAUAACAAUUAUGGGCAAACUUUAGUACACUUAGCAGCUGCAGGUGAUGCAGUUGAGACUCUAAAUUUUCUUAAAAACGAAUGUAAAUUUUCUUUAGACUUCGGUGAUAAUAAUGGAUAUACACCCAGUCACAUUGCAGUUAGUUAUGGUAAUCUGAAAGCAUUAAAGUAUCUUAAAGAGCAAGGGGCAAAUCUAUGCAUUUCCAACAAGGAUAAGUAUACACUUGUUCAUACAGCUGCUGAAUAUGGCACAUUAGACGUUCUAGUAUAUUUAGUAAAAGAAUGUAAACUGGAGGUUAACGUUUCUGAUAAUAAUGGUAAUUUACCGGCUCAUUUCGCAGCUAAAAGUAAUAAAGUUGAGAUUUUAAGAUAUCUUAAAUCAGUUGGGAGUGAUUUAAAUCAAUGCAAUCAUAAAGGAGAGACUCUAGUGAAUAUAGCAGCUGCAGCUGGUGCGGUUGAUGUUUUAAAUUUUCUUAAAGAUGAAUGCAAACUUUCUUUUAAUUAA